AUUUUAUAACUCGCAUAAUCGAUCAAAUGAAUUUGUCAAAAUUGGCUAAAAUCAAAAUUCAGUUUAAUUUCGGAACUUGACGGGAAGUGAACUCAAGUGGUAUUUGCGCUAAAAAAACGCGACAGUUUUUUAAAUAUCCUGAAGGAUAAAGGAUUUGAAAAAAAAUUUAAAACAAAAAAUAUUGUAUAGUGAAAAUGACCAGUGAACAUGCAAUUUCAUAUGAAGAUUUGGAAAAGCGACGCCAAAAAGUCGCCGCUUCCCGUAAACCCUCCACCAUCCAGCCACAAUUGGAGUCGGAAUCGGAAGCUAUGCAAGCCAUUCACGAAAUUUUCAAUCCUAGUUUGAAAAUACCCGUUAGGGAAGGUCCUUUCCGUGCCCCAGAUAUCAUUGUGCCUGAAGAUUUUAAUGUGGAACGUGAUGUGGAUAUUAAAAAACUGGCAGAGCUUAAGGAAGUAUUUUUACUAUUUGACACCGAUUGCGAUGGUUUGAUAUCGAAGGCCGAUUUAAGGUUUACUUUUGCCGCCUUGGGCUGUGAGACCAGCGAAGAACAGUUGGAGGAAAUGCUUAAGGAGGCCAAGGAUCCGCUUGAUUUAGACGCAUUCGUGGAACUGAUGAGUUUCCGAACCGUGGAAUUGGAUCCGGAAGACGUUUUAUUAGAAGCUUGGAGUAAAUGGGACUUAUAUGGAACUGGCAAAAUAGAUGAAAAUAUGAUGUAUGAGGAAUUGACAAGUUUCGGCGAUAAACUCUCAUUAUCGGAGGCUACAGAAGCGUUAAGACAUGCUCCCUUGGUGAAACCCAAAUGUUUGGACGAUCCUCCCAUGAUUGAUUACCCAGCAUUCUGUCAUUUAUUGUGUGGCGUUAGAAAGCCUCCAUCAAAUUAAAAUACAGAGGAUGCAAUAAAAAAUUUAUUUUUAAAAAUUAUUUUUUUAUAGAACAAUAAAACAACAACAAAAAUUCCAAAUUCAAA